CCAAAGGUAUCAAAUACCUACCAGCUUAAGCAAGUCAUAUCCUCCUACAAUCAGCUCGAGACCACCACCACAAUGGAAAAAAAUGUGAAGAAUAUCUAUCUCCAUAUUAUGGAUAUGCAUGAUCAAAAGCUAUUUAUUUUCAACCAGGAGAGAAUCGCCCAAUACUCCGAAGCUGACUACAUUGUAAAAUUUUGGGCAUCUGCCUUUGAAACUUUCUUUGGGACCGAUGAACAUUUGUUCAUACAUUGGGGUGACACCCAAUCUUCUCCUUGUAAAAGAAACAAUCUCAAGAUCAGUCUCGAUAUGCGUUUUAUGAUAAUGAAAAACAGCAAAUAUAUCAUGGAUGGCGCCAACUGCGAAUAUGCGCGUAAGGCUAUUCCCGGCAAGUUUUUCAAGGACAAACUUAAACUCAUUCUGGCAUCCAUUGCAUACAUAAACGACAUAAUCAUUAACUGCCCAUACCUGGAGGAAGACGACUAUCUUAAUAUUAAAAUACCUCUUGUACAGAUCAUGGGUUUCGAGGGUAGCUUAUCUAUAAUGCGUUUAAAAGAUAAAGGCGUUUACGUUGUUGAAGAAAUUGCCAAGCUCCGUUUCCCUACGACAAAAAAACAAUUAAGAGAAGGAGGAAUUAAAGAACUAGUCAAAGUUUUAUCGUUAUUAAAGCAUUUGUUAGACAACCUUCAAGAGAUCAUGGAGGAAGAAAAAUUCAACCAUAAAGACAGUAAAAUGACGGGAAUCAGUAACGAAAGCCGACCACCACAACGGAAUAGCGCAUUCAAGGAUUGGGUGACUGAAAUUGUUGUCCCUCCCAACAGUGGUGAUGAUGAGGAAGAGGACGAGGAAUAUGAAGAUGAAGAGAAAGAGGACGAGGAAGAGGAGGAAAGUAAGGUUUAGGUCUUAAACAUGGAAUGAAAAACGAAGGAAAAUAUCUUUUUUUAUUAUUAGAGUGCAUCUGCUUUUCAGUAGUUCCUAAAGUGUUUUGUGACAUUUUUGAGCAUUCAUCUCCGACUAGUACAAGUAAUAUAAAAGGA